GCCAACAUGAGUCGGGAGUCACCGGAGUCUGAUGGGGACUCAGGUCAGGAUGUGCCUGACUUUAACUGGGAUGACUACUUGGAAGAGAGUGGGUCUGUGUCUGUGCCCCAUCAUGCCUUUAAACAUGUGGAUCAGGGCCUACAGACGGACCUGACCCCAGGCAUGAAGCUAGAGAUGAGUGUACGCUCAGAGGCUGAUAGUCCUUACUGGGUUGCCAACAUCAUUACCACCUGUGGCCAGCUGCUGCUGCUGCGAUACGAGGGUUACCAGGACGACCGACGCGCUGACUUCUGGUGCGACAUCAUGACAGCAGAUCUCCAUCCUCUGGGCUGGAGCCGCCAACAGGGCAAGAUUAUGAGGCCCCCUGAAGGUGUGCGUGAGAAACACCAGAACUGGGAGGCCUUGCUGGAGAAGGCUCUGGCUGAGGAGUGCAGCGCACCUGCCAACCUUCUGGAAAUGCCCCAGCGUGGUAAGGACCCAGUUGAACUGCUGUGUGCAGGCUGCUAUGUGGAGCUAGUAGACAGUAUUGACCCGGAGCUGGCCUGGGCAGCUGAGGUGGAGGAAAAUGUGGGGGGACGGCUGAAACUCCGCCUGGUGGGCACUGAAGGCCUCCCAGAUGCACCCUCCACCCUCUGGCUUUACUACCUCCACCCACGCGUCCACCCUCCAGGCUGGGCUAAGGAGCACAGCUGCAUCCUCAGGCCCCCAGCAGAUUUGGUUCCCCUGCGGACAGAUGAGGAGUGGGAGGAGAUGAGACAGAGGAUCAGUGAACUGCCACAAGAUGACGCUCUGACUGAAGAAUUCUGCAAGGAUCAGCCUGUCAUCACUGCUCAUUGUUUUCAAGAAGGAAUGAAACUGGAGGCUGUUGACCCUGCUGCUCCUAUCUCCAUCAGUCCUGCCACUGUCACCAAGGUGUUCAACGAGCGACUCUUCCUGGUGAAAAUGGACAAUCUCUGUGGUAUUGAGGAGUCUGAGGGUGGUGGGCGGUCCUUCCUGUGCCACAGGGACACACCAGGCAUCUUCCCGGCUCAGUGGAGCCUCAAGAAUGGGGUCCCUCUCAGCCCCCCGCUUGGAUACGAGGGGCAGGACUUUGACUGGGCAGACUACCUGAAAAAGUGUGAGGCAGAGGCAGCCCCACAGCAUUGCUUCCCCACUGAACAGUCUGACCACAGCUUCAAAGAGGGUAUGAAACUGGAGGCAGUCAACCCGCUGUCACCUGAGAACAUUCAUGUGGCAACAGUCACUAAGGUCAAAGGGCAGUACAUUUGGCUGAGCCUGGAAGGGCUGAAGCAGCCUAUGCCAGAGCUGAUUUUUCAUGUGGACUCCUUGGACAUCUUCCCGGUCAGCUGGUGUGAGACAAAUGGCUAUCCUCUGGUCUGUCCCAUCAAGCCCUCAGCUGAGAAACAAAGGAGGAUCGCUGUGGUGCAGCCUGAGAAACAGAGAACUCCACCCAAGUCUUCAUCACCUGACACUGUCAAACAGCAGAUGGCCAGCCAGUCGGAAACAGGUGAAAGGCGGAUCUCACAUCCUAGAGCAGGACAGGGGAAUGGGAAGUACUGCUGUCCCAAAAUCUACUUUAACCACCGUUGUUUCUCUGGGCCUUACCUUAACAAAGGGCGCAUCGCUGAACUCCCCCAGUUCAUUGGCCCUGGGAAUUGUAUCCUUGUGCUCAAAGAGGUGUUGACUCUGUUGAUAAACUCGGCCUACAAGCCCAGUCGUGUGCUGAGAGAGCUACAGCUGGACCAGGAGGGCCGCUGGCAAGGCCAUGGAGAGACACUCAAAGCCAAGUACAAAGGGAAGAGUUACAGGGCCACUGUGGAGAUAGUCCGUACUGCCAACCAUGUGGCAGACUUCUGUAGGAAGACUUGCAUCAAGCUGGAGUGCUGCCCAAACCUGUUUGGACCACGCAUGGUUCUGGAGCGCUGCUCAGAGAACUGCUCUGUCCUCACCAAGACCAAAUACACUUAUUACUAUGGAAAGAAGAAGAGUAAGCGGGUUGGCCGCCCACCUGGAGGCCACUCCAACCUUGAGGGUGGAGUGAAGAGGAGAGGGAGGAGAAGAAAGAGGAGGAAGCAGCUCUUUGUCCACAAAAAGAGACGCUCUUCAGCCUCACUGGACAACACGCCUGCUGGAUCUCCACAGGGCAGCGGAGAAGAGGAGGAUUUAGAUGAAGAUGACUCCCUGAGUGAAGAUUCUGGAUCAGAGCUGCAAGAUGAUCUCCAGGAUGACUCAGAGUAUUCUGUUGGGAAAUCUCAACCUGCGACGCCAUCCCCUUCCCCACCAGCAACACCUAGGCCUACACGCCGGCGCCGGAAACCUCACUCUCCCUCCUUCUCUGAUGAUGAGAACCACCCACCCUCACCAAAGACAUCCAAGACUGAGGCUCCUCAAAAGCUAUGUUUGGACACCAGCCCCUUGGAGUGGACUGUCACUGAUGUGGUGCGUUUUAUCAGAACCACAGACUGUGCCCCCCUUGCACGGAUCUUCUUGGAUCAGGAAAUUGAUGGACAAGCUCUGCUCCUGCUCAACCUCCCAACAGUGCAAGAGUGUAUGGACCUAAAGUUAGGACCAGCAAUCAAGCUGUGCCACCACAUUGAGAGAGUCAAACUGGCAUUCUACCAGCAGUUUGCAACGUAGCUGAUGGAGAGUGGGGGAAAAAGACCUUGUUGCAUCCUACCCAGAGGACUGAUGCUCACAAUAGGUCCUCAAAACAAAACCAAAACAAAAAAAUCUCUUCUUCAAUUCUUUACCACUGGACAUCCUCUAGAAUGCUGCAUACACCACUAAUGGUCAUCAAGCAUGGAUGGAGCAACUCUUGUUCGUUUUGUUCUAGAGUGACUCAGCACUGAUGCUACUAUUCCACUCAUCUUUUGUCCAUCUGUUUUUUUUCUAUCCAUCAAGCAGUCUUGAAAGACAAUGCCACUGAAUACAAGGUUCUUAGAUGUGACCCUCUAUGGCUAGGCCCUAGAACAAUUUUUUUUGCGCAUUGGCAAGGACCAUGACCAGUCA